GUCCUCGCGGAAACACCGCGAGAUCACGUGACUUGACGCUUCUACUCACUUCCUUAAAGUGUAAACAUUGGAGGCCGCAGGGCAGUGAAGUUUACGUUAAGCCAUGGGCCGUACACCGUGUUAAAUUAUCGGUAUUACAACUAUAUAUCACGUUGUGAAGUUUAUAAGUAGCUCCAAAGCGUCUGCAAGGGAGGAAAAGCUGGAGCGAGGAAGAAGCUCGAAGGGUUUGUGUGCUGUGUGGGAAUGGGUUACAUUCCUUGCUGGUCCAAAUGGAGAAUAAAGGGAGCGACGAGGUGGAAACAUUGAAGACAAAGUUCUUGUCUGUGUGGCACAAUGUGAAGUACAGUUGGGCUCUGAAAUCAAAGACCUCCUUCAGUAGAAAUUCCCCAGUGUUUCUCCUCGGAAAAUGUUACCAUUUUAAGGCUGAAGAUGACGACGGUGUUACAGAAACCUGCUUUGAAGCCUCUGAUGAGGAUUUCGUCAUGGGCAACGUGGGGGCUUUCCGUAGGGAUUUUGCAUCCAGAGUGUGGCUCACCUACAGGGCGGAGUUGCCUCCUCUGCCCAGCUCCACCUUGACCUCCGACUGCGGCUGGGGCUGCAUGCUGAGAGCCGGGCAGAUGAUGCUGGCUCAGGCACUUAUUCUGCACUUCCUGGGCAGAGACUGGACCUGGUCGGAGGCAAUGAUGCUCCAGCCUUUAGACACAGAGACAUGGACUACGACUGCAGCAAAGCGUCUUGUGGCCUCUCUGGAGGCCUCUCUGCAAGGUUCCCCCAGGCCCUCCGAUGAUUGCGCCCCACCCAUGCCCCAAGCCCAAGCCCAGGCCCCGGGAUCUGCAGAAGAGGCAGAUGCACAUUUGAAAGAGAUGUACCACCGCACUCUGGUGUCCUGGUUUGGGGACAGCCCCUCGGCUCAGUUAGGCCUCCACAGGCUGGUCCGCAUGGGUCUGACAAUGGGGAAACAGGCAGGGGACUGGUAUGGGCCUGCUGUAGUGGCACACAUCCUCAAGAAAGCUGUUGAGGAGGCGAUGGACCCUGGCCUGGCGGGUAUAACUGCUUAUGUCUCCCAGGACUGCACAGUGUACAGUGCCGAUGUCAUCGAUAGCCACAGGGCCCUGAGAGCAGGGCAGACCUCUGCUGAGAGAUCAGAUGCCCCUCCUUCACCACACAGUGAACAACCAAUGUUUGCUUCCACCCUGUCUGACAGCCAAGCCGUCAUCAUCCUCAUCCCUGUGCGGCUGGGAGGGGAGAAGACAAACCCUGACUAUUUCAACUUUGCCAAGAGCAUACUGAGUCUGGAGUACUGCAUAGGCAUCAUCGGGGGGAAGCCCAAACAGGCCUGCUACUUUGUAGGAUUUCAAGAUGACAGCUUGAUUUACAUGGACCCUCAUUACUGUCAGUCUUUUGUGGAUGUCAGCACCAGCGAUUUCCCUCUCCAGUCAUAUCAUUGCCCCUCACCAAAGAAGAUGCCUUUCAGCAAGAUGGACCCAAGCUGCACCAUAGGUUUCUACUCUAGAAAUGCUCAAGAGUAUGAGAGAAUCAGUCAAGAGCUGUCUAAGGUGCUGCAGCCGUCAGCGAGGGAGAAAUACCCUGCGUUCACUAUCGUGCAGGGUCAUGGCAGAGAUUACGACCUGUCUGCAGGCCUCACCCCAGAGAAAAGAGAAUGGCCCUUCAUCCGUGACCCACGGAGAACAGUCACCACUGCUGGGGACUUUGUGCUGCUUUGACAGCGCUGUUUAAAAGACUACUGACAAGAAACUUCUUCUGAAUCACACUGCUUGAUAUCCAAAGCAUAAGUGUCUAAGUCUGUUUGACACUGAAAGUUAUGGAACUCUAUACAACUACAGUAACCCAGUUUAUAAAUCCUGGAAACUUUGUUGCUAAGCAAUAUUUGCCAAAACUGUCAUUAACUGGUUGGUCUUCUAUUUGUUAGCUGGACAUUUGAGCUUGCUGAACAUUUUGUCAGGAAGCCUUUGGUGCUCUGCCUAAUUUAAUGACCUAAAAUGUUUAUACUCGUUUAGGGAAGGAGAAAAUCCACAGGAACAUUAUUUGUGAUUUUAUGGACUCAUGUCACAUUUUGGGAGACUUGGUGUAGGAAUUAUUUUGCACCUUACAUCCAGUGAAGAAGUCUCACAGGGAUCUGCUUAUAAUGAUCAUAACUAACAUAGUAACCAUGAUUUAAAUCAGUGUUGGCCCACUUUAAAAUCUUUUCAGAGGGCUAAGGCUACAAUAGAUAGACUGUGUGGUUAGCACUAGGCUAAGAGGAGUAUUAUAAAGGCCUUAAUUAACAUGGUCCAAGGGCUUUUUGGAAAAUGUAGCAAAGUAACUUUUCCAAACUUCUGUGCCAAAAACAUUUCAUCAAACAAGAGGAGACUUUCUUUAUAGUUCUGCCAACAUUUUAUUCUAUUCACACUAGAGCUAAUGUUUUUGUCUAAGCAAUAAUAUGAUGGUCUUGUAUGAUUGAUAUUUGCUUGCCUUAGUGUAGUUUGAGUGUUAUUUAACUUGACUGAGUUAUGCAUCACAGUGCAAGUGACCAGUGGUGACAGCAGAGUUUGUCAAAGGGAUACUGCCUUGUGCUAUAUCUCACCAAGCAAUGUCUGUUAUGAAUUACCCUUUACAAUAUAAUUUUUAUUUUACUGUAUUCUACAUUCGUCUAACACACACUGAAGUAAAAAACCAUAAUUAACACUCCUAGGUCAGAUUCAGGGAAUUAAAGUAAAGUUGAAUUUGUUUGGAGUAUCUA